ACUGAGACAGCGUUGUGACAUAGGAUUGUAGGAGCAUAAUAGCAAAGUCACUUGGUUGGCGAGUUGCACGGCCUUGGAAGGACGUCGUCGAAUACGCCACACACGGUACGGAAGACUCGCCGCAUGAUGCAGGGGUCCCGAUCUGCGAUAGCGGCACUGCUUCGAGAAAAUGUCGGAUCGAACGACAACGACAUCACCAUCCCGCGCCUUCGUUUCUACCGCUCUUUUCCUUUCUGUCUUGCGUUUCAGCGACAUAGACACCCUUUUCACGAUACCAUGAGCGCAUAACCAUAUAAUGUCUGCUUCCAUCAUCUCUCCCUUCCUUCGCCGCGGCGGAACGGUUACAGGGACAGCUCCGUGGACAUGUCGCACAUGUCUCCAGUCGCAGCGUCAGAUUCUGCUGCGACAGCGGCGCACAUUUGCGGGUAAAGCGGAUGCGGUGACGCGACCGGUAGUUAAGAACAGCAAGAGAAGGCGAAGGUUGUUGGUCCUGGGUGGAGGAGUCGCUCUCGGUGCUGCGGUUGUCACAGUAAACGACGAGGCAAAGCACGCAUGGUCAGCGGCGCAGAGGACAUACCGAGUCGCGGCUACAUUGGCAUUGAACAUCAAGGACUACCGCCACACCCUCAAGCGCGACUCCGACCCGGAUUACCAAGACCAACUGAAAGCAUGCCACCUGCGCUGCGCAAAGCGCACCCUCCGCACGCUCGAGAGCAACGGCUCCAUCUUCAUCAAGCUUGGCCAGCACCUCAGUUCGAUGAACUACCUUCUCCCCAACGAGUGGUGCGACACCUUCAUCCCGCUACAGGACAAGUGCCCCAUCUCAUCGUACGAAUCGAUCCAGGAAAUGGUGCUCAAAGACACCGGCCGCCCGCUCUCAGACUUCUUCUCCGAGUUUGAUGCGAGACCCAUUGGCGCUGCGAGUCUGGCGCAAGUGCACCGCGCAACCAUCCGCGAAACGGGUCAAAAAGUGGCCGUCAAAGUCCAACAUCCCGCGCUCGACGAAUGGGCAAAGCUGGACUUGGCCCUUACCAGCUUCACGUUCAGGACACUGAAGCGCUGGUUCCCCGAGUACGACCUGACCUGGCUGUCCGAAGAAAUGGAAGCCUCGCUCCCCCAAGAACUCGACUUCGCGCUCGAAGGCCGCAACGCAACACGCGCACGCGCCUACUUCUCCCACGUCCCGUCCUCGCCCGUGAUCAUCCCGCAGGUCAUGUGGGCAAAACGCCGGAUUCUGGUCAUGGACUUCAUAUCCGGUGCGCGGCCCGACGACCUCGCGUACCUCGACGCGCACAACAUCGACCGCGACGAAGUCUCGGCAGCCCUCGCAAGAAUUUUCAACGAGAUGAUCUUCGGCCGCGACGCGCCGCUGCACUGCGAUCCGCACGGUGGGAACAUCGCUAUACGGCACAAUCCGAGCCGUUGGGGCAAGGCGAAUUUCGACGUCAUACUGUAUGAUCAUGGACUGUAUCGCGAUAUCCCGAUGACGCUGAGGAGGGCGUAUGCGAAGCUUUGGCUUGCGGUGCUGGACGCUGAUGAGGCUGGGAUGCGGAAAUACGCAUACGAAACGGCGGGGAUUCGGGACGAGCAUUUUCCGCUUUUUGCGAGUGCGAUUACGGGCCGCGAUUAUACGGUGUUGACGCAGAAGGACACCGGAGGCGUGGCUUCCUCGCGCACAAACGAGGAGAAGAAGGUCAUUGGUGAUGCGCUUGGUGAAGGGUUGUUGGAGAACUUGAUUCAGCUCCUGGGUCAGGUUCCAAGGGUCAUCCUCCUCAUCCUGAAGACAAACGAUCUGACGCGCUCCCUAGACGAAGGCCUCCACACGCGCCAAGGCCCUCUACGAACAUUCCUGAUUCUCGCGCGCUACGCCUCGCGCACCGUGUACGAGGAGUCGCUCGAGCAGAUCAGCGCGCACGGUAGCUUUUUGUGGCCGCGGAAUCUCUUCGCCUGGCUCGCCGCUUGGAGCCGACACUUCCGCGUUGAGAUGCAGCUGAGCAGCUAUGAGACGUGGUUGAAGUUGAGGGCGCUGGCGGGGAUGAAGCAGAUUGGUGUUGCGAACAGCUUUAGGGAGUAGAUGUCCUAGCACGUUGCGAGGAGAGGGAGACGUCCUUCAAGGUACGGCUCUACGUUGAGCACGUGUUCGAGUGGGUGUUACGAUAGGAGUGGUGCUGUAUACCCUGGUGUGUGGCGUUCUAG